CGUUUUUGUUGUGGAGCGCGCCAAAGACAGUAAACGUAGAGUGGAAGCGUUCAAAACUCUAAAAGUAUUAAAAACACAGCUUGGAGCUAAAUUCACAGUCAACAGGAGACAUGGCCUCAACAAGUAAAGCUCCGCCACAGACCAGGAACUUACCGUGGGUUGAAAAAUACAGACCACAGACACUUGAUGAUCUGAUCUCACACAAGGAUAUUCUAAGCACCAUCCAGAAGUUCAUCAGUGAGGACAAGCUUCCCCAUCUCUUGUUCUAUGGCCCCCCUGGAACAGGCAAAACCUCCACCAUCCUCGCCUGUGCCAGGCAGCUGUACAAGGACAAAGAGUUCAACUCCAUGGUGUUGGAGCUAAACGCAUCAGAUGACAGAGGCAUUGAUGUUGUACGAGGUCCCGUUCUGAGUUUUGCCAGCACCAGGACCAUCUUCAAGAAGGGCUUCAAGUUAGUGAUACUGGACGAGGCUGAUGCCAUGACCCAGGAUGCCCAGAAUGCAUUGCGGCGAGUGAUUGAGAAGUUUACAGAAAACACUCGAUUCUGUCUGAUCUGUAACUACCUGUCCAAGAUCAUCCCGGCCCUGCAGUCUCGCUGCACCAGGUUUCGCUUCGGCCCGCUGUCCCCGGACCAGAUGAUCCCUCGGCUGGAGCACGUAGUCCAGCAGGAGAGUAUUGACAUAAAUCCAGGUGGGAUGAAGGCCAUUGUUACGCUAUCAUCAGGCGACAUGAGAAGAUCACUCAACAUACUGCAGAGCACCAGUAUGGCGUAUGGGAAGGUCACAGAGGAAAAUGUGUACACCUGCACGGGUCACCCCCUCCGCUCAGAUAUAGCCAACAUCCUCGACUGGUCCCUCAACAAAGACUUCACUGCAGCGUACAAGCAAAUCCUGGAGCUCAAGACUUUGAAAGGUUUGGCCCUGCACGAUAUCCUCACUGAGGUUCAUCUGCUCAUACACAGAGUGGACUUUCCUCCUGCCAUCCGCAUCGGUCUGCUCAUCAAGUUGGCUGACAUUGAACACAGGCUCGCUUCAGGAACCAGUGAGAAGAUCCAGCUCAGCUCCAUGGUCGCAGCAUUCCAGGCGGUCAGAGACCUCGUGGUCAGCGAGGCCUCGUAGAUACAGUUACCACUUUACCCCACAAUGAAACUCUGCCUCUUGACCACAAACCACUGGUGGAGAGAAACGUUUUCACCAAUUCCUUGGUGACCGCCAUCACUGAUGAUGAAAAAUCGAUGGAAUCACUUGCUUAUUUAGAGAGAGAACAGAUGCCCAUAAGUGCCCACUGCUCUGCAGAGUUUAUGUGCAGUGAAGAAACGAAUGCUAGCAGCCAUCUUAGUCACACAUCUGCGUACAAGCUGAGCAAAAUGGAAAGCAGUUGUUUGUAACAAAAAAACAUG